AGUAAUAAUGGGAUCCCUUGUCCUGCUGAUCGCUACCGUUUUGCUUGUGGCAUACUGCAUGCCUCUCGCUGCUGCAGACGAGGAAUACGAAGGAUCAGGAGAUGUAGAUGUAGGUGAACUAGGCGAUACCAGAGAUGAAGAUGGCGCUGGGAACGAGGGCUCGGGCGACACAGAGGGAAGCGGUACUGAGGAGGCUGGUAGCGGAGAGGGCUGGCUGCAGGUGAAAGGUUCUCAAGCCUGGUCACAUCAAGGACUUGAAGGCAGCCUGCCAGUACAUUGGUGUCAAGACCUAUGCCUGAACCACACUUCACACGAGAUUAAGCUCGAUCCGCAGAUCCACCAACAUCUAUUAGUUACAGCUGCUGAGAAAAUGAUACACGUUGAAGGCGAACUCUGACACUGCUAAUUACUCAUGUAUGCCCCACACACAUGAUAUAAAUAAAGCACCGUUAUACUUUACAGCAAAAUACUUGUGUGAAGGGGAAUUCUGAAGCUGCUAACUACUCUCAUAUCCACCACAUACAUGUUAUAAAUAAAGCACCAUUAUACUUUACAACAAAAAGGCGAUUUCUGAAGCUACUAACUACUCUUGUAUGCACUACACACAUUAUAAAUAAAGCACCGUUAUACUUUACAACAAAAUAAUUGUGUAUUACCAAAACAUUGUACUGGGUGUUCCAGGACGAACUGUCAAUACUCAGUGGUACAACAGGAAUAAUAAUUAGAAGCAAAAGCUUUCAAAUGGACAUAUGACCUUUUCCAAAUUGUUUCUUGCUUAGAACACAUUUUACUAGACAUGUAAGUAAUAAGUGGGCCCAUUAAUUCCUUUGGGAGCCUGCUUUUUGUGAGCAGAGGAAUCGCUAAUAUUAGGCAUAACAAAUUUCAUACUUUUAUUUUAUUUUAUAUAUCUUUUUAUU